UCAAUUUCCACAUUCUCUCUCAGACGAUAGAAAAACAAAAUACAAAAGAGAGAAAAAGAGAGAGAGAGAGAGAUAUGGGUGAGGCUGCUGAAAUGAUCCCCUCAAUUUCUCUUACAAAUGAGGUAUUGAGUUUGGAUAGACACAGCGAAGAAUGGAAAGCGAUGACUGGAAAGGUGAGAGAGGCCUGCGAAGCAUAUGGUUGCUUUAUGCUUGAUUAUGAGAAGAUCCCAUUAGAGCUUCAACAAAUACUGUUCAAGACCACCGCCGAGAUGUUCGAUCUCCCAGUGGAGACCAAGUUGCAGUACAAAAAACCUACUCCUAAAGAUGGUGGUUACGUUCUCAGCAACCCGUUUAUCCCUCUCUACGAGAGCUUUGGAGUCUAUGGCGAAGAAGAGGUUCGAGCUUUCGAGAGGCUUAUGUGGCCUCAAGGCAAUCCUCAAUUCUGUGAGGUUAUCAACUCCAUAACUGCAAAGGUGCAUGAACUGAACCUCCUAUUACUGAGAAUGAUUUUCGAGAGCUUUGGGAUAGAAGAGUACUACAAGGAGAAAGCACUAGAUGAGAACAUUAUUGGGUAUUUACGUUCCAUGAAGUACAGACUCCCUAAAGAGGAUGAAGACCCUCUUGGUCUCGCAAUUCACGUUGAUAAAACCAUCAUAACCAUUUUAUGUCAAAAUUCAGUGCAAGGUCUUGAGGUUCUCACUAAAGAAGGAAAAUGGAUUAAACUUAGCAUUCCUAAGGGAACCUUGGUAGUCAUUGUCGGCGAUGGGCUCCAGGCUUGGACCAAUGGAAGAGUUGAAGCAGUGCAACACAGGGUGGUGAUGAGCGGUGACAAAGAGAGGCUUUCGUGCGGAUUCUUUUCUAUUCCAAAGGAUGGAGUGAGUGUUGAGAUACAUCCACAGCUUGUAGACGAAGAACAUCCUCUGCGCUACCGAUCAUUCGUUUAUUCUGAUUAUCUUGCCAAAUACCUUGCCAAUACUAGGUUGGAUGCGCUCGAGCUUUUUGCCGGUAUUUGCUGAUCUGUGGCACAGAGGUUUCUCCUAUUUGACUUUCUAGUGUUGGUACUAUGAACAAGUUUUGGACUUUAUUUAUCACUGUGUUGAAUAACUUGGGGAGGAAUUAGAGUGGUUUCUAUCCUAUAUUGUACUACUUUUGUUUUUUUGUUUUUAAUUUGGAAUAAUGUUUUAGAGCACUAAAUUGGGAGUUCUAAAGUAUCACUAAUGAUGUGGCACAGUGGCCCCCACCAAAGUGAUAUGAUGUUUUGGCUUGAGUUUGUUUCUUUUUUUUUUUUUUUAAGCUCAUUAGAGUUAUUAGUGGUCCAAAAAUUAGUGAGAUAAAUCACCGCUCUUUAAUUUGAUACUGUUAGCGAGGAAGUAUAGAGUGGUUUCCGUCUCUUUUGUACUUCUUUUGUUUUUAAUUUGAUAAGUAAUAACCUCUCCAAAAGAGAUUGUGAUC